AUGAAAUCGACCCAUACAAUCAGCUUCGCAUCCUCGUCACAACAAUCGCCUUUCUUCUCGACGACUGCCAUUCACGACCAUCUACAGUCCAUUACCAACGACAACCCUACCCUCAACUAUUUCGACGCUUCUCUACUGACACGUCUCGAACUACCAUCCUUCUCCGGAAAUAUGCUGGAAUUCCCAGAAUUCUGGGCCCGCUACCGUGCACUGAUCCACUGCAAAAAUACUAUAUCUGAUGCGACUAAAUUUUCUCUUUUGAAAAGCUGUCUCAAAGGACGCGCCCUACACGCCAUCGACGGCCUUCCAAUCACCAAUGAGAACUACGCGGCUGCUAUUGACAUUCUACUUUCCAUCUACGACAACCCCUCUACCCUGCGUCAUCUCAUCUACACCCAGCUCCAGAGUCUACCUCAGUGCGACUCCGAUGGCAAACAGCUACAAGAACUAUACCUUGCAAUGCUUCGACUCGUUCGUCAAUAUACUGCCAUAACACCCGAUUCACCCGAAUUCGGCCUUGGUGCACUCCUCUAUAACAAACUUCCACGAUUCGUUAAAGCGAGGAUUUACGACAUAACUGGAGGACAGAAGAAUCUCACCCCCUCGGAACUGAUGACAAUACUUGCCGACAUUGUUAGAAAAGAAUCUACCUUAAGGCAAAUCGACGCAUCGACUACAUCUCAUCAACUUUCAUACCACAUCUCCACAAAGUAUGGUCGUCAGCCUCAAGCUCCACCAGAACAACAGCUCGGAAACCGAAGAUAUCGACCAACUCAUUCACUCGACAGAACGUCGCAACUUCGCAAAAGCAAGCAAGAUGUGCCUCAAAUGCCUACGACAAGGACAUCAAACCAUCCGAUGUACACGUCCACCUUGCCACCAAUGCCAAUAUCAUCACCACCCGGCGCUGUGUUUCAAAACAGUGAGUCAUGGAUCCUCACUCAAUAA